GCAUGGAGCUGCUCAGUCACAGAGGAGGGAGGGCAGGCGCCCUGGAGAGAGAGGGAAGUUUUGUCGUCGAGAAGAAUGCUGCAUCUGUCUAGGUGGGCAGAACAAACGUCGCUCUGAAAGAGAGGGAAGCCGCUCUGUUCUCUGAGCCUGCCUUCUGGAAACGCGUAGCUCAGUCUGUUCGUGAAACGUCAAGGCUGCAGUGGAAGGGCAGAUCGAGCGGAAAAAGAGAGAAAAAGGAAAGAAACGGAGAGGAAACGAAGGGCACUGGCGCUCGGAGUCUUCACCCUCUUGACCAUCGCCUUCUUGCGCGAGUCUCUUCGUUGAAGAGACGAAAAAUGGAGAAAAGACACGAAAAUCUGCGUUUUCUGCUUCUUCUUUUCGCAGGAAAAAAUCUCGGCCGGUGGCUUCUAGCGCCAGCUGCCCCCCCCCCCCCCGCGUAGGUUCGGAGAGACGGCGAAGGCGGGAGAAGACGAGAAAGGAGGAAAAGAGAGGGGAGAAAGAAAAAUAAAAGGUCAUUAAUAAAUACACGAGAACAGAGAGAGAUGCAUGACUCACAAACAGCGCUCGAAAACGAAAGCGGGUGUCUUACGUGAGCGCUUUUUUGGAAGACACCGAGGCACCGGCGAAAAGCGGACUUUGGCGUCUUCUACACUUUUCCUUGCAUUUGAAGUUUUCCUUUCGAAUCAAUUCUUUUGCUUCCUUCUUCGCUUCUGAUGAAACAAAGAAAGCCGUUCCUCGUCGCCUAUCUCCAUAUUCGCUUCCGCCGAUCGUCGUCGUCCUCCUUCGCUCCUCUUCUGCCCGCUGCUGCCAUUCUCUUCUUCUCUUUUUCUCCCAUAGUCUUUCUUCUUUUGUAGUCUCCCUCAUUCUCUUUCUUCUCUCCUAAUUUCUCUGCUUACCUCUCUCCUCCCUUCUUUCUUGUCCUCCCGUAUUCCUUCGUUUUCUCUCCGGAUCUCUCUCUUGUUCUCUCCUCUUUUCUCUCUUUGGAGGAAUCACUCGCCUUCUUCGUUCCUCUACCUUCUCCCUAAGAGAGCGACAAAAUGGAAGCAACUGCGUCUCUUCCCUCCUCUGCUCUCUCUUCUUCUUCCUCUUCUUCACCUCCUUCUGCUUCUUCCUCUUCUUCUCCCUCUGCUUCUUCUUCCUCUUCUUCUCUCUCUGCGUCUUCUUCCUCUUCUUCUCUCUCUGCGUCUUCUUCCUCUUCUUCUCCUCUCACGAACACAGAGUUGCCAGAUAAAUGCGAAGGACGAGCAGAAAAGGAGAAAGAAGAGAAGGAACGCGAAGGAAACGAGGAAGAGUCGGAAAGCGACGAGGGUGCCUGCGGAGGGUCUCGCGGUUCGCAAGAAGAGACUCUGAGACAGGAAGUAGCUUGUCAGGGAGAGAAAACACCCGCAGGCCAACUCCCAGAAGAGAAGAGCAAGGAGGAGACAGAGCAGAGAGAGGGGGAAACGGAAGAGAGAGAAGAAGCAGCAGAGAAAGCCGAAGUCGAUCUCCACCACAUCGCUGCUCAGCUCGGAGUCGAUCUGCAGACUUCUGCCGGAGAUCUCCUUCAAGUCCUCGAUCGCGAAACGCUCGCAACAAUGACGGAUGAAUCUAUCGUUCAGAGAGUCCUCGAUCUGCAGACGCUCCUCACAGACUUAACGUACCAGGUGGAAGCUGCACGCAUGUCGAACUUGUCUCUCCAGCGAGAGAACGAGACUCUGAGAGAAACGCUUUCUUCGCUUCGGUCUCGAGUGGAACAAGCUCGCGUAGAACGCCCUUACGCCCAACAAAGAAUCCCUUCUCAGUCUUCUUCGCAAUCUUCUUCGCAGUCUUCUUCGCAGUUUUCUUCUCAGUCUUCUUCGCAGUUUUCUUCCUCUUCAACAGCUUCAAAGGGCGCGCAUUUGCGGGAGGUGAAGAGUGGAGAAGCUCAGCCAGCGCAGGCGGGUGCUUCAGGCGCUUUAGCUGCUGCGAAGGCGUUUGCCAUGGCCGAGCCAAGUCCGGUGGUUUGAAUUUUUCGCCAAAACUGCAGCUGCUUCGUGCAGGACGUCUCUACAGCGCCUCUACGCUCGCCUGGGCAAGACGCGUCUUUUUUUCCUAGGGGACAACUUUCGCAAAAAAGACCUCUUCUUUGGGAAGCGCGAGCAUGUGGACCCAUCUGAACAGUCGGGCAAAGCCUGGCGCCAGGAAAGUGAACGCAUAUGCUUCUAAAAAAGUGCGAAAAUCUGCGCGUCUUUCAGAUGCGUUGAUAUGCGCAUGCACGCGUCGAUGUGUAUGUACACGGUUUCGGUCGAUCUGGAAGUCUGUAACGAGUGUCGAACCGACGGGGGCAGUUUGGUGCUCGAAAAAGACAAGAACCGUGAUCUCGAGGGAACUCGGAAAAUUCCCUCUCCGGCUCGCGGGUCGCAUGCAAGCAAAGAGUUCUGCCUGUCUCCCAGAGUUCCUACAGAAAAAUCCUUACUCAGAUAAACGUUUCCAUUUCUAUCUAUAGAUAUAUAUACAUAUAUAUACAUAUUUAUAUAUAUAUAUAUAUAUUUAUAUAUAUUUAUAUAUUUAUAUAUUGUCGAGAAGAGACAGAGAAGUGCGGGAUGUCUUUGGUUGUGUUCAGUCGUUUCGGGUGUUUGUGGAAGUGCGAGGAAAAAUGCAGAGGCUGGAGCAGGGGCCAGGAAACUGAAAGUUUUUGCUGGUUUUUUGUGUUUGUUCGCCAGUGGGCGAAAAAGUGGGUCGUGAACCGUUCGCUUUUCUUGUGAAGAACAACAGCUUUCUUCUCGAUACACGUGGGCUGUUUCCCAGUCUCCGCACAGAAAGGAGAGAAGCUCAAGAAAUAUAGUCUAUGUGCCUCUCCACAUGACUUCUUUACCUGUGUGUGCAAAGAUCUACGCAUCUAUCCACGUAUGCGCGAGGAAAUUCAAAGAGUUUUCCCUGACUGUGUCUUCGAAGUGCGGCUCGUUAUUACAAGGGAUUUCCACGCCUGCCACUGGCAUUUUUUAAAGGAUUCUCGAGCCCCUGCAGAUGAAGGUACGGCUGGCGAAGCUACCUUUCACCUUUUCUGUCAGUGACGGAUGGUACAAGUGCACCCUUUCCGUCGCCUCUUCAAGUUUUAAAAUCUGUGUAGCUGGCGACUUUUUUCUUCCCUGUUCGUCGAGGCACUCCUCAGCAGCCCUGCGAAGAAGUUCGCACCCUGGAAGCGCGGAGUUCCGUUGUAUGCCUUCGCUCCGGCUCGAAAGAGACGCUAAACACCCGUAGGCGUUGAUGGAGUGCAACAACGCUUUGGUCGCACUCCAGACAAACGUGGAAAAUCUCAUCCGUGUCAUUCCGUAGUUACGCGUCAAAGUGUCUCGACUGGAGGGGACGCUAUGCGGUGUAUAUUGUGAACAGAAGUUCCUUCACGAGCGUGUGCCUCGAAGGUCC